AUGCUCUCGCUUAACACAGAACGGUCGAAGGGAACUACUGGCGAUUCCUUAGAAUUGACAGAUGUUCUGAAAAAUGGCACACUAUCAACACUGGCCAAUGAGGAUAUCUGUGAAAAAAAUGACAGCUCUACUUCAGGAUCGCGAGAAACAGUUGGCCGAGCGAAAGAUGACACAAAUUACCCAAAGGGCGCGAAAAUGUUUCUCAUAGUGGUCUCUCUGUGUCUUGCAGUCUUCUUGAUGGCUUUAGACAACUCGGUGAUAACCACAGCGAUUCCAAAAAUCACUGAUGACUUUGGUAGCGUGUUAGAUGUAGGGUGGUACGGAAGUGCUUACUUGCUGACAACUGCCUCCCUGCAACUCAUUUUCGGCAAGAUUUACACAUUUUGGAGCAUCAAAUUGGUUUUCUUAUCGACCAUCGCCGUAUUCGAGCUCGGUAGCUUAAUAUGUGCCGUCGCACCUUCAUCAACGGCUUUUAUCGUCGGACGAGCAAUUGCUGGAUCUGGUUCUGCCGGUAUAUUUUCCGGUGCUCUGCUCAUCAUCACCCAUACUUCUCCUCUGGCAAAACGACCAACAUAUAUCGGUUUAGCGGGCGGUAUGUAUGGGAUAGCAUCUGUGGCUGGUCCUAUCAUCGGAGGCGUCCUUACUGACAAUGUGUCUUGGCGAUGGUGCUUUUAUAUAAAUCUACCACUGGGCGGCGUUACGGCUCUGGCCAUCUGGUUGAUCCUCAAGGAUCCGCAACGAGAUGUGCCAACGCUUCAAACUUGGAUGGAUCGCAUAAGAGUCUUGGAUCCCAUUGGGACCCUGAUUUUCUUACCAGCAAUGGUUUGCCUGUUGCUCACCCUACAAUGGGGAGGUUCGAAGUACAGCUGGAAUGAUGGGCGAAUCAUUGCUCUUCUGGUUCUUUCUGGCGUUCUGAUCAUAGCUUUUCUGCUUAUCCAGCUUCGCCUACAAGAAGCUGCAACAGUGCCUCCGCGCAUCUUUCGCAAUCGUUCCGUGUGGGCUGGUUGCCUCUACGGGUUUUGUACAAGUUCGGCAUUUUUUCUUGUCAUAUACUACAUCCCCAUUUGGUUCCAGGCAAUACAAGGAGUUUCAGCUAUUGAAUCCGGCAUUCGAAACCUUCCAAUGAUGAUUUCAACAAUUCUCAUGUCUAUAAUGGUCGGCGGCCUGGUGACGGCUCUAGGAUACUAUACGCCGUUCAUGAUUGCGGCAGCAAUUCUUUCCUCUGUCGGAGCAGGUCUUGUCUCUACUUUUGCAGUUCAUACCUCAAGCGGGAAAUGGAUUGGUUAUCAGAUCCUGUUCGGCAUCGGAUACGGUCUCGGUUCAAGACAGCCUUUGGUGGCUGUUCAGGCAGCCCUAGAAACAAAGGACAUACCUAUUGGUACAUCUAUCAUUAUGUUUCUGCAAACACUUGGCGGAAUGAUCUUUGUCAGUAUCGGAAACUCGAUCUUUACAAACUCCCUUGUCAACUCACUUGCUCACAAUGUGCCAUCGGUAAAUCCAACCAUUAUCACUACAACCGGAGCAACUGACAUCAAGAAUAUCGUAUCCGCGGAGGAGCUGCCCAAGGUACUCAUAGCAUACAACCAUGCUCUAGACCAGGCAUUCUUGGCAGCUGCUGCCAUGGCCGCUCUCUCCGUCUUUGGCAGUGUCCUGGUUCCGUGGUUGAGUGUAAAGCAGAACUACCACGAGGUGGAUGAACCAGUGAAUGAAACAACCUCCAAAUAA